GCCAGUCCAGGUGCCCGGGUCCCACAAGGGCAUGGAUUUGCAUCGGCUCAGACCUCCCAGCUGCUGAUGGAGGCGCCACCGGCAAGCGAAAGGAGUCAGCAGUGGGAGUCCAGGCCCCAGUGCCGAGGAACCUCCGGAGGCCUAACUGGGCCCUGUGGCCUCCUCUUGCCUUCCUUCCCUAAGUCAGCUUGUACCACGUCUGCAAGCAGUGGAGAGAUGGGCUCAUCGCUGACCCAGGAAAUCCUCAGUCACCUGGGCCUUGCCGACAAGACUGCAGCUUGGGGGACGCUGGGCACUCUCAGGACCUUCCUGAGCUUCAGUGUGGACAAGGACGUGCAGAGGCUCCUGAGAGCCAUCACAGGCCAUGGUGUGGACCAGGGCGCCAUUGUGCAGGUGCUCACCAAUCGCAGCAGAGAGCAACGGCAGCUCAUUUCCCAGGCCUUCCGGGAGCGCACCCAGCAGGACCUGCUGAAGUCCCUGCAGGCGGCUCUCUCCGGAAGCCUGGAGCGGAUUGUGGUGGCUCUGCUGCAGCCUGCAGCCCAAACCGAUGCGCAGGAGUUGAGGACGGCCUUGAAGGCCUCAGGCUCUGCCGAGGAUGUGGCCAUGGAAAUUCUUACCACCCGAGCCCCACCGCAGCUGCAGGAGUGCCUGGCAGCCUACAAACACAGUUUCCAGGUGGAAGCUGAGGAGGAUAUCAAGUCUGAGACCAGCAGCAUCUUGCGGGACCUGCUCCUGGCCCUGGCCAAGGGAGGUCGUGAGAGCUACUCCGGCAUCAUUGACUACAAUCUGGCAGAGCAGGAUGUCCAGGCGCUGCAGCAGGUGGAAAGGCCCCGCCCAGAAGGCCCGUGGGUCCGGAUCUUCACCCAGCGCAGCCCACAGCACCUCCUUCGAGUGCGCGAUCUGUACCAGUGGCGCAUGGGGCGAGCGCUGGAGGAGGCUGUGCGAGACCGUUUCCACGGGCGCGCCCAGGCGGCCCUGCUCAGCCUAGCCUCAGUGGUCCGGAACACGCCGCUGUACUUUGCGGACAAACUUCACCGGGCCUUGCAGCAGGGAACCGAGCCCAAUUACCAAGACUUGAUGCGCAUCCUCGUGUCUCGCAGUGAGAUUGACCUUCUGAGCAUCCGAGCUGAGUUCAGGAAGAAAUUCGGGAAGUCCCUCUACUCUGCUCUCCAGGGUGCCGUGAAAGGAGACUGCGGCCAGGCCCUGCUGGCCCUGUGCAGAGCCGAAGACCUUUGAGAUCAAUCUGCCUGCCGCCCACCUCAUGGGGCAGCUGAGGAGCUGCGAGUCCACUUGGCUGAGCCUGCAGGAGGCCAGCCCAGCCUCUGAGCAGAACCUUGUCUGCUGCACCAGCUCCCAGCUGAUCCCGGGACUCUGCAUUUCUUUAAAAUCCCUUAAUUCCCUCAUCUCAGAAUGCUGUGAGCACCUGCGUCCUGUCGCUCCAUCUUGGGUGUGCGGUCAUGGGACAUCUUUGAUGGUUUCUGUCCUCAUCCUCUGGGACCCUGGCCAGAACCCCAGUGGUACUUCAAUUCUUUCGGCAAACCUCACUCCUGUUGUCUGUGGUCCCUGAUCUGAAGUUUGGGUGGAACAGGACACGUAUCAGGAAGAGGCCUUCAACUCAGAGCACCUCCCAUGGGCACUGGGCUGCCCAGCAGGAAUCCUCUUUCUUUUUUUGGUACCGGGGAUCGAACGCGGGACCUUGCGCUUAUGAGGCAGGUGGCGGAACCACUGAGCUAAAUCCCCGGCCCAGGAAUCCUGUUUCUGCCCAGUGCUAGUUUCCAACAUGGUCCACCCCUAGGAGACGCCCCUCCUCAUACCCUGUCUCCUCCAGGCAAAAUACUGAAGAACAAGGUCAGAAAUGGUCAGAGGUAGCAAAAGACCUUCUGUGUGAACUGGGAAGAUAGUAGAGCAUCAAACUACCCUCCUCAACCUAGGAAAUUUCAGUAAUUUGCCCAAUUCCUCUGUCCACUGAAGGACGUGGCAAACCAUCUCUCUCUGAAACAGGAUUUCCCAUAGAACACCUAUCAAAUUUCCCAUAGAACACCUAUCAAAAAUACAAACAAAAAGAAGC